UCUUUUGCUGUGGAGUUCCUGAGUCUCAACGUGUCUCCUUUGGCAAAUAAUAAUGGCUGUUUAAAAAAAAACAAAAAAAACAAGCCAGUAUAUAUUUCGGGAAUGCGGAGCUACACGAGCAGAUCCAUCCUUAAGGCUGAUACUUGUGGUUGUGGGACUUGAACACGUGGUGUUUUCUUCUUCUUCUUCUUCUUCUCUUUCUCCUUCUCGAGAAGAAGCGAUGGACUUGCACAUACUAGAUCAUAGACUGAGAGUAACGAGCAUCAGCAGAAGUGGGCUGCAGCAUUACACCCACCCACUGAUCAAACUAAUAUUCCUGCGGAACAGAACCAGAUGCAAAUUCUUCAGUCUGACAGAAACGCCAGAAAAUUACACCGUCGUCCUCGAUGAGGAAGGAUUUAAAGAUCUUCCCCCCUCUGAGCACCUGCAAGUGGAAGGCUCCACCUGGCUGCCCCUCAAUGUCGUCUCCAAUGGCAACGCUUCCAGCAGCUCUCAGGCCGUCGGUGUCACCAAGAUCGCCAAGUCCGUCAUCGCCCCGCUGGCCGAGCAGCACGUGUCCGUCUUCAUGCUCUCCACCUAUCAGACGGACUUCAUCCUGGUGCGAGAGAAAGACCUGUCGGUGGUGAUCCACACCCUGGCUGAGGAGUUUAACAUUUUUCGGGAGGUGGAUGGGGAGUCCGUGCCGGUGCAUAGCCAGGAUGUGAACAACGGCCUGCAUGGGAACGGCAGAGAGGCCCCUCGUUCUACAUUACACCCAGUAUUGAUCCCAAGGAACCAGUUCUGUGUGAUGAGUUUGGAUCCUGACACGCUGCCAGGCAUCGCCACCACGCUCAUCGACGUCCUCUUCUACUCCAACAGUCCUAAAGAAGAUGCGAAUGUCACUGCUGAUCUGGAGUGCAAGUUCUUCUCCUUCUCUCUGAUCGAUGGCUACGUCUCCCUCGUGAUGGGUACAGAAGCACAGCGACAAUUCCCAGCAGAUCUGCUCUUCACCAGCUCGUCCGGCGAGCUCUGGAGGAUGGUGCGGAUCGGAGGCCAGCCGCUCGGUUUCGAUGAGUGUGGGAUUGUAGCUCAGAUUUCUCAGCCCUUAGCAGACUGUGAUAUCUCAGCUUACUAUAUCAGUACAUUCAGUUUCGACCAUGCCCUGGUGCCAGAAGAGGACAUAGUGAGGGUUACAGACAUGCUUCAGGAUCAGAGGAAAGGUGCCGGAUGCUGAUGCAAUCCUGAUUGCUGACACUACAGCCUGAAGAGCAUUAACACAGACAGUGUUGCAAUGACCACUGGAAGUGUUUUGAUGACGUCUAUAAGCUAGGAUUGGCUCACAAGAGCACAAACUCAAGGUCUAAUCACAAAGCAGCAAAGUGCUUUUUUUUUUUUUAGACCAUGAAGCUGCCAUGCUAAUUGCACAUAAAAGUAGCUUUUACAUUGUAGAAUAGUUUAUUGACCAAAUGAAUCGUAAUAUGAUAAGGGCUUAGAAUGGCACCACAGAUUUUCUGAGUCAGAGGCGUUGAAGUUCUGUUAUUUUGGGCCAUUUUUUUGGUUGCAGAUUAUCAGGUUGUUGUUUUUUUGUUUGUUUUAUUUUUUUUUUGAAUGGCAACCCAUUUUUUUUUUAUUCAUUAGUUUUUGGCAGCAGCAGAACCGGUCAAAUCUUUCAAAAUUU